ACAGACGCAGCUUUAAAGAGGUGGUGUGUGUAUAAAGUCACACUUUUUUGCCAUUCUGGAGUGGGGUCACUUGUCACUGGUGUCGGCUUUGGCAAGUACCUGCAGGAGCUGUGUGGAACAUCAACACCAACCCCAGUGCAGAGUGUCAGUGAAGCCAAAGGAGCUAAUGAAGGACCAUAAGCAGGAGGCCUACUGGCAGGACACGGGCCGAUGGGCAGGCUACGAGGAGAGCUUCAACCCACAGUCCGGGGCGUGGGCGUCCCCGCAUAUCUCCUACCUCACCUUCAAGAGCCUCAUCCAGCUCCGACGCACCAUGAACACAAUUGUGACGAUUUUCGACUGUGAAGAGCGGACGCUGGCCGCCAUCGCCGACAAGAUGGCCAACGAGAUGGUGAACAAGAAGGAGAUCAGGCCUGGAGACAGGGAGGGCGUGCUGAAGGCUCUGCUUCAAAACCGCAGCCAAUCAGAUGACCCGGAAAGCCAAGCUCUGACUGAUGGGAUGGACCUGCAGAGGUUUUCAGUCAAGGACAUGAAGGAUGAAUCUAACCGCGAUGAGGUCUCUUUGGUGCUAGUAGGAGCUUUGGACUUCCUUGAGAGGCCUACGGUCGUGUUUGUGCGUCUGAAGGAGGCUUUGGUGCUGGACUCUACCUUGGAGGCCCCAGUGCCUGUGCGCUUCCUCUUUGCCCUGGUUGGCCCCAACAAGACUGACAUGGACUAUCACGAGACUGGCCGUGCCAUGGCAGCACUGAUGGCUGACAAAGUCUUCAACCAGACAGCAUUGCAUGCAAAGAGCGCCCGAGAGCUGACGGACACUGUGGCCGACUUCAUGGACUGCAGCAUCGUCAUCCCACCCACUGAGAUCCAGAACGAAGCGAUGCUCAGCUCCAUCAUCAGUUUUCAGAAGAAAAUACUGCAGGGCAGGCUCCAGUCCUCUGAUCCCACUCUUCGCCUGGACUCCAAACCUCGUAGGGUUUCCAUUGUUACCGGGCGUCCUCCUGAAGACCCCCUGUCCCGUACGGGUCGCCCAUUUGGCGGGAUGAUUCGCGACAUGAAGAGGCGCUACCAGUACUACAAGAGUGACAUGACAGAUGCUCUCAACUCCCAGGUCUUUGCUGCCAUUAUCUUCAUCUACUUUGCUGCCCUGUCUCCUGCCAUCACCUUUGGAGGGCUACUGGCUGAUAAAGUGGACAACAUGAUGGGCGUUCCGGAGCUCCUCAUCUCCACCAGCAUCCAGGGGAUAAUUUUCUGUUUUGUUGCUGCCCAGCCCAUCCUUGUCAUUGGUUUCUCUGGUCCUCUGUUAGUGUUUGAAGAAGCCUUCUUUGCUUUCUGCAAGUCCCAGGGUAUUGAGUACAUUGUUGGGAGAGUGUGGGUCGGAGUGUGGCUGGUCAUCAUUGUGGUGGUCAUUGUGGCUUGUGAGGGCAGCUUCCUGGUGCGCUUCAUGUCACGCUUUACCCAGGAAAUCUUCUCCAUCCUCAUCUCCCUCAUCUUCAUCUAUGAAACUUUUGCCAAGCUGGGGAGGAUCUUUAGGGCACAUCCGCUGAUUCUGAAUUACGAUCACCUGAAUGUAACUCUGGAAAAUCCCUGGCACCCAAAGAUGGAAGAGACCAUCAUCUAUGACAAUGUUACCGGCAAUACAACUAUUCUCAUAAACACCAUUAAGCCACCUUACCCCAACACAGCACUGCUCUCCAUGUGCCUCAUGUUAGGCUGUUUCUUCAUUGCCUUUUUCCUGCGCCAGUUUAAAAACGGGACAUUUCUGCCAGGAAAGGUGAGACGUUUGAUUGGUGACUUUGGUGUGCCUAUUGCCAUUUUCCUCAUGGUUGUCGUGGACUACAACAUUGACGAUACCUACACUCAGAAACUAAUGGUUCCUAAAGGUCUGAUGGUCUCCAACCCAGCCAAAAGAGGCUGGCUUAUCAACCCCUUCGGCGAGCAUAAGCCUUUCCCUGUGUGGUUGAUGUUUGCAUGCUGUGUCCCGGCCUUGCUCGUCUUCAUUCUCAUCUUUCUGGAGUCUCAGAUCACAACUUUGAUUGUGAGUAAACCUGAGAGGAAGAUGGUCAAGGGCUCUGGGUUCCACUUUGACUUGCUGGUUUUAGUUGGAAUGGGAGGCCUCAGUGCAAUAUUUGGUGUGCCGUGGCUCAGUGCUGCCACGGUGAGGUCUGUCACUCACGCCAAUGCACUAACCGUCAUGAGCAAAGGACCAAAGCCUGUGAUUGAGAAAGUGGUGGAGCAGAGGAUCAGCGGUAUUGUGGUGGCUUUGCUGGUUGGUUUGUCGAUUCUGAUGGAGCCUAUACUAAAGAUGAUCCCCAUGUCAGCCUUGUUUGGGAUCUUCCUCUACAUGGGAGUCACUUCGCUAAAUGGCAUCCAGCUUUGGGAUCGUAUUCUGCUUCUAUUCAUCCCCAAGAAAUACCACCCCGAUGAACCCUACGCCACAAGAGUGAGCACGGGGCGAAUGCACCUGUUCACGGCCAUCCAGAUAGUGUGUCUUGCACUUCUCUGGAUCGUGAAGUCCAGUCCAGUGUCCCUCGCCCUUCCCUUCAUACUCAUCAUCACCAUCCCUCUACGCAUGUUUAUGACUGGGCGUCUCUUCACUGAACUGGAAAUGAAAUGUUUGGAUGCUGAUGAUGCCAAAGUGUCGUUCGAGGAGGAGCCAGGGAAGGAUGUAUACUGUGAAUCUCAAAUGCCUUUGUAGAUGUUGUAAAUGACUGCUGCCAAGAAUCCUUUGUUCUAACAAAAAUAUAUUUAUUUUAUAUAUACUGUAGUUCAAAUUGAUGUGUCCACAAUAUAUGAGCAAAAACAUGUUUAUGAACGUUUUUAUUUAUUGAAAACUGCAGCUAUAGAUCUAAGUAUGGAUAACAUUGAUUUCUUGUAAGAAACUGUCAAAUAUUAAUAUAAGAUAUUAAUAUAUGAAUAUCAUAUUAAUAUAAGAGUUUUCAACAGUCACUCAGGUACAAUAUUUCAAUGCAUGAUGUUUUCUUUUUAAAAGCAUGUGCCUUACACACCACUGAAGCCAGAAAUAUUUAUAUAUGUUUUUACAAUAAAUUAAUAAAUAAUUAAAUAUCACAUAAAGGCAGGUAAUCACACAUUGAAUGUAAUGUUGUAAAAUGGGCCGCUAAAGAUAUUGUUAUAUUUGCUUGAUGUGAAUGAAUCCAAAUCUGAAUUAAAUAAUACACAAGUUAUAAUGUAAUGAUGCAACUUUGUAUUUUAGCACCAGUGAUCAAAUUGUUAACAUUAAAGGACAAUGCAAUACAA